AUGUCUAUACGUGUCGUCUACGAUACUCCUAUGCUAGUGCCGAGAGACGAGGUGGUUCCGGCAUUAGUCAUCAACCCCCACAAUCCACCACCAUGGCUACAGAACAGUACAGCGCAACCGCAAAUUAUUUACGUCCAACAGCAGCAAAACUACAUUCAACAACAGCCGCAACAACAAAACUAUGUACAACAAUUAGAUCAAAAUCAAAUCUAUCUACAACAAUACGCGUAUCAAAACCCCCAGAUGUUUCUGCAGAACUACGACCAAAUGAGACAAAUACAAAUCAUACCGAACGUGGUGCAAAUACCGAAUCCCGAUCCAAACGAUCCAAAUAGGAUGUUAACACAAACGUUUGUCCAAACUCAACCAAACAUUAUACAGAACACUGUGCCAUUGCAAAAUCAAGUCCCAAUGCCAGUAGUUCCUACACAAAGCCAAGUUGUUCCAGACAAAAUAGAUCCAAAUUUACAAAAAGUAAAGGAUAACAGAGUGCAAAACGUUCAAGUUAAUCAACCAACGCAAGAAAUACAGUACCAACAGUCACCCAACAACAUCCAAUAUGUACCAAGGCCAAUCCAACAGUUGAGGCCAAGGAUGGCUCGUCCACAGAUGUCACAAAGUCCUCAACAACAACGGCCAGCAGUAAGAAAUGUUAGACCACAAAGAUUUGCAUAUAGACCAAUUCAACCUAGACUUAGAUAUCAAGUGCCAAACGUUUCAGUGCAAAAGAGAUUCGUUCAAUCGAGCACGACGCCAAAUGUAAUAAACGUGUCAAAUAUUGUUGGGUCACCUUCACUAAAUAGCCCGACCACUGGUUCUAUACCUGCCAAUGUUGGAAGAGUACCGACUGGCAACGUGGGACCAAAUCCAAUGACUAUCGUUGCUAAUCCUAUAAACACGAAUAAUGUAGGAACCGUACCUGCAAACAAUAACAUUAACGUACAACCUCCUAAUGCUAAUAUUUUGGCACCGACUGUUGGAAAUACAAUCGCAAAUAAUCUUACAAACACAAAACUAUUCGGAGUACAAUCUACAAAUACUACUAAUUCUACUUCAGUGCCGGCAAACAUACAUGUCGCCUCUGCACCUACAACUACUAACUUAGUUAAUAUUAUUCCACCUAAUUUGCAGCAGUUAACGAAUAAUGUCAAUGUUGUUCCAAUUAAUAACGUCUUAGGCCCGAUGAUUCCAAAUUCACUUACUUCUAUGACUUCUAUAUCACCAAUAGAAAAUAAGGUGAAUAGAAAACGAAAAAGUGAAUCGCCUGAUGAAAUACAAAACAAAUUAAAUGUUUUAGCAAUAAACAAUAAUCCUGUCCUGGUGAGCCACUUAAGUACGGUCAAUAAUGUGACAGACAAUUGUAAUAACGAUAGUAAAAUUAAUGAUAAGUCAGUGAGUAAUGAAGUACAAAAAGAAGACUUAGAAAGUUAUAAAACUAAUUCAACGCACGGUCUAGUGAAUCAAAUUAAUUUAGCACAAAGUCAACUCAAAGAGAAACUUGUUAGAAAUACGGUUUUUACACAAGCAAGAGGCAGAAUAUUGAAUGUUAAAAAUGAAAUUAAAGAAGAAACGACAUCUAUGGAAAUACAAACUGAACUCGUCGAACCAAAAGUAAACGAACCAACAAAAAUGGUAGAAGUCGUUAAAACUGAAGAUAAAAAAGAAGCACUAAAUAGUCUCAUAGAAGAAGAAAACGAUAAAAAUAUAAGGAAAGUAAAUAAAGGAAUUAACAAAAGCGAUGUAAACGAUGAGAUGAAAUUGACUGACAAAGAUUUUGUUUUAACGCAUGUUCUCGAUGGAUUUGUGAUUCAGGAGUCCAACAUUGCUUUUCCAAUUAGAAAACCUACUAUUGAACGAACCAUCCGACUCAGUUCAGAAGCACCAGAGCUAAAUCCACUCGAAGAGAAAGAUUUGGAAGAUGAAAUUCCAUCUAUCGCUAUAGUAGUUAAAGACAGAGUUUUGCCAAAAGAGAAAAACACUGACAAAGGAACUAAAAGUACAAACACAGGAUAUAUGGAAACUAGAUCUAAAGAAAACACAAAAAUUGCAAAAAGCGCUGUUGUAAACGAAGGGACAGGUAAUAACAAUAGUAGCAAAAAGGUUAAAGAAAAUAAUACAAGAACCAAAUCCAAGAAUUCUAGAAGAGUUAAGUUAAGCGAAAGGGCUGAUACAGAAACAAAGCCUACAGAAGUUGCUAGUACUUCGUUUAGAGAAGACAUUAGUACGAAUAAAUCAGAAAAUUCAGCUGUAGAGGAAAGCAGUCCUAGUACCCAGGAGAGUGCUAAUGGAAUCGAAAAAGACUUCCUGAAUCCUUUCGCAAACCUGAAACCUUCGGAUGUCAAGACAUGGCCGAUGUCACAGUUAGUGAAACAUCUAUCAGACCACGGUUGGAAGGAAACUUCUGGAGCCUUAUUUGAACAUGAGAUAGAUGGAGAAUCAUUACAAUUAGUAUCGAAAUCUCAAUUAAUGACAAUUGGAGUUAAAGAAGAACACGCCGAAGUUAUAAUGGAGUUUAUGAACAGUUAA